AUUUCCAGAAUGAUUGUUUCAGUAAGUCCUCGCACGAAUUCCUCCUCUUUCCUUCUCACUGGAUUUUCUGGUCUGGAGCAACAAUAUCCCUGGAUCUCCAUUCCCUUCUCCAGCAUCUAUGCCAUGGUGCUGUUGGGUAAUUGCAUGGUGCUCCAUGUGAUCUGGACUGAGCCUAGCCUUCACCAGCCCAUGUUCUACUUCCUGGCCAUGCUGGCCCUCACCGACUUGUGCAUGGGACUGUCCACAGUGCACACAGUGCUUGGGAUUCUGUGGGGGUUCAUUCGAGAGAUCAGCUUGGAUUCCUGCAUCGUCCAGUCCUAUUUCAUCCACGGUCUUUCCUUUACGGAGUCCUCCGUCCUCCUUACUAUGGCCUUUGACCGAUAUAUUGCAAUUUGCAAUCCACUGCGUUAUUCCUCCUUCCUGACUAAUUCCAGGAUUAUCAAAAUUGGGCUCACCAUAUUAGGUAGGAGUUUCUUCCUUAUUACACCCCCCAUCAUCCGUCUGAGAUUUUUCCAUUAUUGCCGUUCCCACAGCCUCUCUCACUCAUUUUGCCUGCACCAGGACCUUCUCCGUCUAGCCUGCUCAGAUAUCCAAUUCAAUAGCUACUAUGCCCUAAUGCUGGUCAUUUGCACACUAUUGUUGGAUGCUGUUCUUAUCCUCUUCUCCUAUGUCCUGAUUCUUAAGUCAGUCCUGGCAAUUGCUUCCCAAGAGGAGCGGCAUAAGUCAUUUCAGACCUGCAUCUCCCACAUUUGUGCUGUCCUUGUCUUCUACAUUCCUAUCAUUAGCCUAACAAUGGUCCACCGUUUUGGCAAGCAUCUCUCCCCCAUCGUCCAUGUCCUUAUGGGCAACAUCUACAUCCUUUUCCCACCUUUGAUGAACCCCAUUAUCUACAGUGUGAAGACCCAACAGAUUCGUAGCAGAAUGCUCAAACUCUUUUCUCUGAAAAUAUAUUGA